AUGAGGCUAUAUAAUAGAGUACUUCUUGAGGGCUGCUGUGGGAUUGCUAGCUCCAAGUCAGCAAGAGAAAUCUAUUCAUCUGGAAUCAGUGGAAAUGUUCCAUGAAGGGGGAAGAAGAGAGAGGUGAACUAGCAAGACUUGUGAUUUGGUUGACAGGCAGCCACUGGAGAUUUUUCUGUCCUGCAAGAACCCUGGAGUUCUGUGCCCAGCAGUGAAGCUUCCACCUCUCCAUUAGAGCCGCCGCAGCACCAUCUAGUGUUGUCCUGUUCGCCGGUGGCCUCCAGUCCACCAGGAAUGGGAUUCCUACUAACUAGACGUUUUGGGGCACACGCAGCUCAUAGCUUUUCAGCACGUCUGACUGACAGCCUGCCUGGAUUUGAGACUCGAGCAACCACCUGCAGUUGUCAGGAAAGCAGGAACCUAAGGUCCAAGGAAAGCCACCAUGGCAUCUGUCAGAGGACCACAUCUGGACUGGACGCCGUCCCAGUUGCCACUGCAGACGGCGCCCAAGUGUCCGGGGGCGGCACCCCAACAAGCCAAGCCGGCAUCGCCAGAGGACGCAGAGACCGCCAGCACAGCAUGUGAUGGAGGGGACCGGCAUGCAGAACAUCGGGGAAGGAGAAGAGGACGGGUGUCACAGAAUGGAAGCAGAGAAGAGCCUCAAGGGCCUGCCUCUCCGUUACUUCUGUCUCCUGGGACUAGAGACAAGGAAAGACGAAAAGAGGGACGUGAAUGUCCGAGUCGCCUCCUGAAACUUGAACAUAGCACCGCUUCCUCUACAAAGAAAAGAUUAAGCGAGAUGACUUUCCAUGGAUUGGGUGACGUGAAUGUCUCUGGGAUUCUUGGCAAGAUGCAAGAUUACCAGCCACAUGUCGAAGAUGUGACGUUUCUUAAACGACUGAAAAAUCAGAAAGAGGCUGAGACAUUAAAGGCCAAAUAUUUACAAUUACAAAAGAAGGCGAAUGCAAUGAGUCAAAGAAAAGAUCUUCUUGUUGAGCAAAAGGAGAAAAUUCAACGGGAAAUUCAAAACAUGAAAAUACCUUACGAGAGGGCAGUCCAGCUCGGAAGAGCUUUCCUGGCCAAGAAAACGAACCCUGCCUCGGUAGACAAGUUAGCAGCACGGGCCGUCCUGGAGCAGCUGGAUCCAGUGGUCCUACAGCACUUCCAGGAGGAGCCAACGGCUCAACUCCAAGAUCAGCGUCAGGCCCGGAACCAACUGAGGAGAAAACCGUCCUCCUCGCUGGGCCGCUCUCAGCCGCACCGGGAGAAAAUCAGGUUGGAAAGAGAAAUUUGCCAACAGCAGAUUGAGAAGGCCGAAAUCCAGUUACAGCAAGCACAAGAAGAGGUGGAUGAUCUUAAACGUAAAGUAGAAGAAGUUCAAAGCCAAGUAAAGACAGUACAGGUAUGCUUGAAUAAUACGAAAGCUCAAAUAAGCCAUUUGUUGGCCCUAAAGGAGAGGGCAGAAGCUUCUCUGUCAGCCGAUAAUGAACAAGAGGUCGAUGAAGACCGUCUACAGAGAAGACUAAAGCGCAUUUUACAUCGGAAAGAAGUCUUUUUAGCAAGGGAAAGAAUAAUACAAAAACUAGAGAAGUGAAGGUUUUUUCCCCCCUGCAGGACUUCAGAAUAUCAGUGGUUUUGAAACCAUUUCAAGAAUACCUCAAGUGAUUCAAGGAAAGCAGAGACAGCUGAAAGAUACGCUCACGUCUGGUGGAUCCAGGGUUUGGAUAUCCUUUUUCGAAACCAUGUAGAAAUGGAAAGAACUAGGAGAAGAUAUUCUUUUCUGCUAGAAUAUGAGUUUUAACUUCCAUGUUCUAGCUAGAAGGCGCCGGCGGCGUUCUUAGAACAACACAAGCCUAUUUGAGUUCCGUGCAGCGCAGUGUCAGAAGAAACAGUCGUGACACGCGCUUGAUGUUGAACAUCAACAUCAGUUGUGCGACACACAUUUUCCCCUGCAAGGGAUUCUACAAGAACACAGCUCCUGUGUUAUGAGAGAAGUGGUAUUUAAUGAGGGUCUACUGAAUGCAGCUCACUUUUUGAAGCGCUCUGGCAAGCACAAUGGAGGCAAAACGUGUUCCUUGCCCAUAAGGAGCUAAAAGGGGAAGGUGAGAUCAAAAGAAUAUAAAUAGCAGGAGCAGGUGGGAGAGUAGAGGUCAGAUCUGCUAGGAUGAAAUAUCCAAAUUAAGUAUUGGGUGUACAGUUACAUUGUAAUGAAGGGUCCAGUCUCACCCUUCAUCCCACCUCCUCAGCUCUAGAACUUCAGAUUUUUGUUUGUAUUUAUUCCUCGUAUUUAAUGACUUGUAAUGUGACAGUCAGUGCUUCCCGCCUCAGAAGAGGUAUUCUGAAUAAACGUUUUAAUAUUCUGCAGAGUAUAAGGGGCUGCUGCCUCUGUCACUUUAACCGUUCUACCGUUCACG